AGUAGCGAAAUCAUGUCAAAAUUCUUUAGCAAACAAUUUUUUUUGGUGGUCCCAUUUUAUCUUAUUUACUCGGUGAAAAUUCUCAUCCUAGCUCAACCAGCUAUGGUUGUCGAACCAAUCUGUGACGAUGUCAACCAUUUCACAACAAACAGUAGUUUCAAAACGAAUCUUGAUCGUGCCCUUGCCGUUCUUCCCACCACCAACUCGGGUUAUGGGUUUUUUAAUAGCUCGUCGGGCCAAAAUCCCAAUACAGCCCAUGCCAUAGCCCUUUGUCGGGGCGACACUGACUCUAUUUCAUGUACUAAUUGUGUAAAUUACUCUAUUGCGAACUUGACUACGGCUUGCCCCAAUCAGAAAACAGCACGUGUAUAUUAUGAAAAUUGCUUGCUUAGGUACUCCGGUAAUAAUAUUUUGAGAACUACCGAAGUAGAUUUUCCUAUAUGGGAUCCGAGCAAGGAUAAUGCUACGGAUCCUGCCGGAUUCCAUGAGGAUAUGUUAAAAUUGAUGGACAACUUGACUGUUGUUGCGGCUAGGGGUGGUCCGUUGUUGAAAUACGCUGCAGACACAAUGACACGGUCUGAUAAAACCAAGAUUUACGGGCUUGUGCAGUGUACCCCGGAUCUAACCAGCCAACAAUGUAGUAAUUGCUUGAAAGAUGCUGCUAGUGUAAUAGCUGGCCCUUGCUGUUUUGGGAAAAUUGGGGUGAGGGUAUAUUUCCCUAUGUGCUAUUUAAGGUAUGAAAAUUAUCGGUUUUAUAAUGACGCGCCCAAUAUUCCUUCACCUCCGUCUCCACCACCACCGUGGCAACCAUCUCCAACCGGAAAAAAGGCACACUCAACUCGGAUAGUAACAUCUAUCGUCAUUGCCACGGCUGCUUUGGUGGUAAUAAUCGCCUCUGUUUGCACCUUUGCCAUGUGGAAGAAGAAAAAAAGACUAGAAGAAAUUAUAGAAGAAACUUAUAUAAAUCUAAAUGCAGAUAUGAGCAUCAUCAAACCUUUUGAAUAUGAUUUUUGUACGGUGAGGGCAGCAACAAAUGAUUUUUCCGAAGACAAUAAGAUCGGACAAGGUGGAUUUGGAUUGGUUUACAAGGGAAAGCUUGAUGAUGGAAAAUUAAUAGCUGUGAAGAGGCUGUCAAGGGAAUCUGGACAAGGUGAACAAGAAUUCAAGAAUGAGGUGUUGUUAGUCGCUAAGCUUCACCAUCGCAACUUAGUUGGAUUGCUUGGUUUCAGCAUAGAAGACACGGAAAGAGUCCUCAUUUACGAGUAUUUUCCGAAUGAAAGUCUAGAUAAAUAUAUAUUCGAUCCAAACAAGCGAACAUUUCUUGAAUGGGAUAAUAGCUACAAAGUUAUAGAAGGCAUUGCUAGAGGACUACUUUACCUUCACGAAGACUCGCGUCUAAGAAUCAUCCAUCGUGAUCUGAAAGCUAGUAACAUUUUGUUGGAUGGUGAAAUGAAUGCCAAAAUCACAGAUUUUGGUAUGGCAAGAUUGUUCGACCCGGAUGUAACUCAAUUCAAGACAAGCAGGAUAGUCGGAACCUAUGGUUAUAUGUCUCCGGAAUAUGUGUUGUACGGUGAAUACUCAGUGAAGUCGGACGUUUUCAGCUUUGGAGUGUUGAUAUUAGAGAUAAUAACAGGUCAACGAAUCCAAAGUUUCAAAGACAAGGAUGGUAAUAGUAACUACCUUCUUAGCUAUGCGUGGAGAUGUUGGCGAGAUGGAACUGCAUCGGAUAUAAUAGAUCCCAUAUUGCUGAAAGGACCGAACUCAUUUACAGACAUCCUUAGAAGCAUUCACAUUGCAUUAUUAUGCAUUCAGAAAAAUGUUGCAGACAGACCAACCAUGUCUUUGGUUGUUCUUAUGCUCAGUAGUGUCUCCCUCACUCUCCAAGUACCAUCAGAGCCGGCGUUUUUUAUUCACGAUAAUGUUGAGAACAUAGCAACACCCAUUAAUGAAUACGAUGCUUCAGUAGAGAAGGGUAAUAGAAGAUCUGGAUCAUCCCAGUUUUCAGUAAAUGAGGCUACUAUCUCAGAGAUGAAUCCUCGGUAGUUGUCAAAGAUGUAAUCUUCUAUAAUAAUAUAACUAAAAAGAGGAUUGGGGUACACUUCACCUAUAAUCCCUCUCCUUUAGCCUUAUACUCUCUUUUUAUUCAUCCUCUAUUUUUUAAAUAUUUAUUUAAUAAAAAAAUGACUAACCUAUAUUAUUAUUAUUA